AUCGGGUUUUGGGCUUCUACAGGACCAUCCGGAGACCCGAAACCGUCUCGUCUCGACGCCGUCGUUGAACUCUUUCCCGUCCUAUUCGUCCGGCGUCGAGAGUCCCCGACGAAUUAGCAAGUCCGUCGCCAUCAUAGUCUUCUCAAACUCCACCGCUGAUAAAAAUGACUAUGUCAGGCGGCAAUGGCCGAGACUCUGAAUCAGUUGUGGAGAACGAACUAGCGUCUCUCCGUAAUCGCGUGAAGGAGUUAGAGGCGGAGAAUGCCAAAUUGCUAUCACAGGUUUCAAGCUGCCAAUGCCAACAGAUGGAAGUGAAGCAUGAUGUGCCUGUGUUAGAUUCUUCAAGCUUAGUUAGGAGAAGCAGGAGAGGUAGAAAAAGAGCUGAUAAAAUUAUACCGACCCAUCUUAUCUCAAAGAGAUAUGUUGCUUUGAAAAUCAUGUAUUUUGGUAAGAGAUUCUAUGGCUUUUCUGCCGAAGCACAAAUGGAACCAAGUAUUGAGUCAGAAAUUUUCAAAGCACUAGAAAGGACACGGCUUUUAGUUGGUGACAAGAAGGAUUCUAAUUACUCCAGGUGCGGGAGAACCGAUAAAGGUGUUUCAUCAACAGGUCAGGUGAUUGCUUUGUUUCUAAGGUCCAGACUGAAGACACCUUCUGGAGACUCUGAAGCCCAUGUUGAUGGCAAAAUUAAUGGAAGACCAGAAUAUGAUUAUGUAAGAGUGUUGAAUCGUGCUCUCCCUGAUGACAUCCGAGUUUUGGGAUGGUCUCCCGUUCCCCUUGACUUUCAUGCAAGGUUUAGUUGCUCGGCUAGAGAAUACAAAUAUUUCUUCUGGAGACAAAACCUAAAUCUUUCGGCCAUGGACAUUGCUGGUAAGAAGUUCAUUGGUGAGCAUGAUUUCAGGAACUUUUGCAAGAUGGACGUGGCAAAUGUGCAUUGCUAUACACGACGUGUUACUUUCUUUGAAGUAUCUCCUUGUCAAAAUAGUCACGAGGGUGAUCAGCUUUGCACAUUUACAAUGAGAGGCAGUGCUUUCCUUUGGCACCAGAUCCGCGCCAUGGUCGCUGUUCUAUUCAUGAUUGGGCAGGGCGUUGAAUCGGUUGAUGUGAUAGAUACAUUGUUGGACACCAAGAAAACACCAAGAAAACCUCAAUACCUCUUGGCCUCGGAGAUCCCCUUAGUCCUCCGAACAUGCGAAUUCGAAGAUGUAAACUUCAUUUGUUCUUCAGGUGCUGCAGAGUCAUUGAGGUCCCAUUUCAAGAAAGAGUCGCUGACGUACCAACUAGAGUCCGUAAUUUUCCAGGAGGCUCUCAGGAACUGUUUACCUAUAGGCAAUGUUUUAGCAGAUCAAGAUCAAUUCUCAUGUAAUGGUGAAGAAAAGAAGAAGAAAGCAGCAAUACACGUUCCUCUGUUAUCUCGGCCAACUGAGCCUUCGUAUGAAGAACGAUCUGCGAAACUGAAACCCAGACAACAAGAAACAUGCUCUGAGUAGUGUAAUCUGCGAACAUAGAGGCUUCAGGCUUCUCAAUUUGUAUUGUUGUAGCAGUUGAUUGAGAAUUUAUGAUAUGAUGAUAUAAAUUUUGAUUUUCAUAUGAUUUGAGUCUUAUAAUCAUUUUGUGUAGAUUCAUAUUGAUUUUAAACUUUGUUUUAUUUUCUUUACAGUUUGCAAAUGAACAUUUUCUAUAUUACUAUUAUAAAAUUGCGAG